ACUCAAAGUGAAGCAGAUCUUAGAGAGUCAAUGGACAGUCUUGAGAAAACUCAACCAACCUCACUUACAGAAUCAAUGCAGACACCUCAGCCUGAAAAUGCUCAUUUCCAACAACUCCAAACCCCAUUAAGUAUAGAAAGAACCAUUGAAGAUAGAAAUCUGUCAAGUCAACAAGCUUUAAUGUUACCUGUCAAGCAUGUUACAGAAAUAGACGUACUCAAAAAUCAGGAAGUUGAUAAAACAACUGAGAUGAAAACUGGAUCUGUUUGCUAUAAAAAAGCCCCUGUAUCUCCAGAUCAGCAGCAACAACAAGGGAAUGAGAGAGCAAUCCCAAUUGAGAUAAAGGAUCCUUGUACAGAACAGGGCGAAGUAUAUUUUUCAAACACUACACUAGCAGAGGUUCUUGACAUUUCUAGACAAGAAAUCGACUUGUUAAGUCAGAUACAUAAAAAUGCUGAUACAAGGGGGUAUAAAACAGGAACCACAAUAAAUGAGGAUGAUCGUAUGCAGUCAAAAGAUAGCCUUGCAAAAAUGCAACCUGCCACAAUUACAGAAUCAGUGCGACCAUGUGACACUGACAAAAAUGCUCAUUCUCAAAUUUCAAUGAAAAAGUCAAGUAAAGAUCAGACAAGUGAAGAAGAUCAAAGGAUGUUUGAGACAUCAAACUCCCAAACAAUAAGUGGAGAAAGCUCUCUGCAUCAUCAGACAACUAGCACAACUCAUACAAAUGCCACUGACACAACACUGAGUUCAUCCAUAGAAAACAAUCAAAAAGAUACAGGAAAAUCCAUGAAUGCCUUCAGUUUGGAUGGUAAACCAACAGAUGGUAUUGAAAGUAAAGAUGGCAUGGAUUUCCUAGAGAAUACGGAAAGACAGCUGAGUGAUACAUUCCAUUGUUCUAAUUCAGAGGACAUUGCAGAGACAUUCAGAGCUGACCCUGAGUCAGCAAUAACUACUUCAGUACCAUCGCAGCUGGAGUUAGGCAUCCAUUCAGAACAAGCAGGAUUAAAGGAACAGGCCAAGGAUUCGGACACCGUUGACUGCUUGCAGCUGGAAGAAAUGUCCAAAGCCAAAACAAAUGAAAGAAAAGGAGGUCAAUGUGAAGGUUUCCACUCCAGCUACAAGGAAACAAGGACAGUAAACCAGCCUGCUCAAGGAUUAGCACUGGAUACAUUAUUGGAUAUCAGCACAAAUAUCCAGCAUGUAACGGAUAUCACUGAUGUUUCCACGGUAUAUCAGUCUAGUGAAGCAACCUGGCUUUUAGAGCCAUCAAUUACAGAAUUGGAGAACCAGCUAGAAAGAGCUGUUCUUAGGAUUCUGAAAUGUCGUUACCACCCAGCCCAGCUAAGCACUGAAUUAAUGAACCAGCAACUUCAGGAAGCAGAGAACUGCAGACAAUAUGUUGCAGAUCAGUUGGCUUCACGGUCUCAACAUGGUGGCUCAGGUCUUUGCCAGAGUAUGGCAGAGAGAUGGAGUUCAGCAAUGUUGGAAGCAACAGCCACGGUACAGAUUAAAGAGGCCCAGUUACAACAGGUCACACAGUAUCACCAACAAAUACACGCCCUUCAAGAUACACUUCAGGAACUGGAGGAAGAGUUAGAUUCACUGAGCCUAGCUGCUUUGAAAAGCAGUGUCCUUCAAGCAAAAAAGCUGCUUGCAUUCCUUAAGCACAUGGAGCAGAAGAAGAGCAUGCUGGAUGAACUGAUGAAUACAUGUUGCAAUGUGUCAUCUUAUUUAGGAGAGGCUGAGGGUCCAGUGGCAUGCCUAAUCCCAGUUAGGAAUUUGCUGAAAAAGUGGCAGAUUUUGGAAAGUACAGCAAACAGAACCUUAAGGCAUGCCGAACAUUGUAUGUCAGAGGCUUCUAUUCUAAUGAAGGAUGCUAAGAUACUUCUGGGUGAAGUAGAGGUUUUGCAUACAUCUUCCCCAUCUUCGACUCAGCUAAAAGACUGUCAAAGGGCCAUACAGGAAAUUAUAACAUUCUCGGAUAUUAUGGAAAGAAAUGAACGUUACCUGUACCUUCUUGAGCUCUCACAGGCUCUUUUCCAGUGUCCACUGGGGGAGAAGGAGAAGGAAGAAAUUAGCGAUGUUUUCCAAAAUCUGAAAUCUCAAAUGGAUUGUGCUCAGGAGAAACUUUGUACUUAUGCUUACAGUCCCAGUGACCACUUACUGGCCCAAAUCACUAGUACUAUGAAAAGCUGGUUUGCUUGGGCAAAACAAACAGAGAACAGAAUCACCAGGAAAAAGAAGUUAUCUCUUUUCCCAGAGGAAGCCAGUCAGCAGGUUGACAGCAUUAAAAAACUGGAGUCAGAAAUAUCUUCCAGGCAAUUUAAAUUGUCCUCUGUGGUUAUGAAAUUAAAAGAGGAGAUUGCAGGAUUCAGCCAGGUGGAUUCUUCUCAUAUGUUAUCUGCACUUCAGACCUUAGGGGACAUCUACAGCAAGAUUUUAGAAGAAGCAGAGAGGGUUGCUGCAGACCUGAACCAAAUGUUGCAUUCUAGACAGAGACUGGACAUGCAGAUUACAGAUAUUAGCACCUGGCUGGCUUCACUUUUAGAGAAAGAGUCCAAGAAAGCUGCAGCAAUCCAGCUUGGAAGCUCUAUCACAGACAUGCGAGUGUGCCAUCAAAAGCAAAAAUCUACUUUAAAAGAAGCUGAAAAGCGGCUAUCUAUCAUUCGGACACUUCUCGAUGAAACAAAGAAAAAUAUUUAUGGUCUAAGAUUUGUAGACGCUUUUCACCUUAUCAAUAAACUUACCACAUUGCAAGAGGAGAUCAGCAGGGUUGUACAAUGUAAGCAAACUGCAUGUUGGGAACUGGAGGAGAUCUUGCAUGCCCAAGAAUCUUCUGCAGAAGAAUUUUCUACCAUCCAGAAGAGUUUACGUCAAAUAAUAACUGACCUUGAGAAGCAAAGAUACCCUGUAUCACGAGACUCACUUGCUGCUUUUGCUCCUAUAAGGCACAUGCUGAUAGAGCAUCUUUCACAAGUUCUGGAAGUUCAACACUGCCAGGAGAAUCAGAGGAAAGACUUUCUACGAACCAUUCUGAGCUUACAAGAAAAAAUCAGGCUGCUGGAUCAGCAAAGCAUUGAACAUGAAGAAUAUCUGACUUCAAAAAAGCAUUUGGAAAACCACUUUGAGGCAGUGAAAAAAAGAGUCCAUCACAUAUCGGAUAGCAGCAAAGAUGCUGAUAAACAAAUACAUAUGAGUCACACCUUGCUGGUUGAGAUACCCAUGGUGAAAAUAUCAUGUCAGAGAACAGCAGAGCAGCUGGAAGUCAUUUCUGGUGACCUCUUCCCAUCACAGGUGAACUCAGAGAGGCAAAAGAUUCGCAGCAUGCUGCAAAGUCUUACCGCAUGGGAGCAUUUUGUUUGCAGUGAUGUUAAAAACCAGGAGGACUCCUUAUUAGCUAACAGCCUUAGUAGUGUAAGAGAGCUAACCCCUCUAACUGAGCACUUUAUGAAAGUUGAAGAACAGCUAAAGCAGAACAGCUGCCUUGAUUCAAGUGACAAAGCCAUUACCAUAGCACUGCACAAAUGCUUGACACUUGAGAGGUCAGUGGUAUCUGGACUGCGAGUGUUGGAGAUGUGCAAAGACUGUAACGCUAUUGAAGACUACGGAAAAACCGCCAACAUAGGAAGAAGUUGUUUAAAUGCCUGUACAAUGCAGAGGGAAAACCUUCUUAAGGCUGAGGAGGCCGUGAAAGAUUAUCGCAGUGCUGUCCGACAAGCUGUUGGUUUCCUUCAGCAGAUUGAUGCUAAACUUUUGGUUCCAUCUGCCAUUUAUAAAGACUCUAAAGCUGAACUAAACCAUACUCAACAUCUUCUUACUGAUCUGACUAAAGGAUUCCAGGAUCACAUGGCAGAAUUACAGACACGAUUGCCACCACAAGCUUGUUUUUCUCCUCAAACUGAGAAGCUCCACAUCCAGGUUGUCAGCUACCUCCAAGUUACUGAUGCCAAAUUGAAAGCACAAGCUCAGGUCAAACUGGAGGCCCUUCAAAGGUGCUUAUUGGAGCAGGCCAACCACACUAAACAGCAUGAUGACAUGAACCACCUUCUUCAAAACUUUGACAUCCAACUUUCAGAAAGUUUAAGUCUCAAACCGAUUUCUUUAGAAGAGUGCAAAGACCAGUUUGAAAAAAUCAAGGUGCUUCAGGAGGAUCUAGGUAACAUGGGGACAAGGCUAGAGGAUCUGAAACACAAAUCUUCAAUGUUGAACUGUAAUGUAGAAGCAGAGAAAACACUGGGACAUCUACAGAGACAUUGGGUUUUGCUGCAGCAGCGGCUAGACACACUGAAAUCCAGAGUGGCUCAUACAGAAACACAGUGGAAGGAAAUUAUAUUAAGAAUCAAGAGUUCCAGGGAAGCGCUGGACCACCUUCAACACAGUUUUUCUGAGAUCUCCAAGAUGAAGGGAUCUCUUGGGAAGCUUCAAGAGAUCAUUGGACAAACCGAACAGCUCCAGUAUGACUUGGACCAAGAACAACUAACUUUGGUUUCAAUUCAACGCUCUGAAUCACGGCUGCUGAGUGCCUUAAACAUUCUCAAUACUCCCAGUAAGACAGGCCAGGAACUGCAGUCACUUCUGAGUCGUUGUCGAAGCUUAAGAGAACAGAGUGGUGUAGUGAGACAUGACAUGCUGUCUGAGAUCCAGGAGUGGGGUCGCAUUCAGGAAGAACUGAAGGGAUUGCAGCAGAGUGUGCUCUCUCUGUUGUCAGGCCUGCAGAGCCAGUUAGAUACCAGCCAUACUCGGGAGUUUAGAGCAGAGCUAGACUCUCAGAAUAUCAGACUUCAAGAAAUUAUGGACAGGGCCAGGACUAAAAGCAAUGACCCACCUCAAGAGAUCCAGAAACUACAUGGCCAAAUCACUCUAUCCCUGAAGGAAGCUAAGGACAAAGUUGGGCAAGCUAUGGAGAGAAGUGGCUCUCUGCAGAGAAUGAGUGAGCAUGUGGACAAAGUGACUGUGGGUUUAGUUGGUGUUGAGGCCCUGCUGCAGGAGAAGAGUGCCACUGUAAAAGAAGCUGAGAGCAUACUCAAGCGGGUUUGGGAUGAACUGGACCGGUGGCACGCACGGAUCACUGAGCUAGAGGUUGAAGUUCAGGAACUAGCUGAGGAGCAGCCUGAGAGAGCUCACAUUCUGAUGGAUGAGCUUACUAAACCCCUCCAGCUUUACCAGACUGUAGCCAAGCAGGCAGAACAGAGGACUGCCUUCAUCAACAGAAUCCCUUCCUGUCUUCAAGACUAUGAGGAGGUUCUGCAUAGCUCUACAUGCUGGUUGGCUGAGACUCAGUCCUGGCUAAAAACUCCUCAGACCUACACAACUGCCAAGUGUCUGCAUAGCCAUGCCAACUCUCUACAGGUGGUCCUAGAUGAGUCUGAAAGAAUGCAAAAGUCUUUAGAGACCUUUGGGGCUUCACUUCAGGAGAUAUCAGUUGUAUUUGACACCAGCACUGAAGAGAGGAACCUUUUGCAGAUCUGCAACGACAUAAGCCACAUGCAGCACAUUGUUCUAGAGCCAAUUUCUCAGCUCCAGCAUGCAGCAGCAGAAAUUGAUGCAAUUGAAGCGGAGGUGAAAACAAUGGAGAAGAGUGUCACGAAGAUCAAAAGUAUCUUAUCUACUGUAGAGACUGAGGAAGUACCACCGGAAGAGCAUCUUCAAAACAGACAGGUAAUCCUGGAAAACCUGCAGUCCAUGCAGAGGACCUUAGCUGAAAUUGAGAGGUGCAAGGAUGAUCUCGGUCUGCCCACAGGAGCUGAACACAGUCUCUUGGUUUUUCAGAGAGCUGAGCAGCUUCAUCCACAUAUUCAUGAGCUCCAACAGCUCACAGAGGAACAAAGCUCAGCAUACAGGAAUGCUAUUGGUCACUCCCUGGCUCUUCUCUCUUCCUCUGAUGGAGAAAUUGGGUCCAAUGAUAGAGAUGUGGUGGUGCCUAUGGAACAAUAUACUCAAAGGAAGAGGAUGAUGAUGAUUAUGAGGAUGCAGGCAGCCACUCUUCAUCCUCUGAGACUCUUACGAGCAGUGCUCCAGAGGACCCAGAUGAAAUUUCAGUAGGAGAGAAUCCUGAUAAAACAAGUCCAGCCGCUGUGGUCCAAGUGUCUGUUACUAAGAAAUCAUUCACUGGAGCAGAAAGGUCAGCAGAGACUAAACUAGAAAGUGCUAUUUCACCUACACAGCUUGAAACAACUGUUUUAAAUAUAACGAACGGCCGGUCAGUUGAAGGUGGUACAGCUUGUGUGCCUGUGACAACUCCAGAGAGAAUAUUACUUUUGACAGUUGAUCCUGCUGCACAACUUAACAUGCCAAAUAAAGAAAUCAAGGAAACGCUGAAGGGCAUUAAUUAUUCAGGAACAACAGAGAUGAAAAAUAAUAAAAUGAACAAAAAACAGAGGAGGUAGGGACAUCUGCUCUAAAACCACGACUUGUUUGUAAAAACAAGGAUGUUGUGAAAAUAAAGACUGAAUUUGCAAUUCAAGAACUAUUAACUGACCAAGUUGAAGCCUCUGAAUCCAAAUCUAUCGAGAAAGAAAAUA